AUGGCAGAAUGGUGUGCAGAUCAUUUAAGAAAUUGUGAAGGUUGGAAAUCGGCCGGUUUGGAAUUGUCCACUACUAGUGAUGAGAAUGCAAAAUGGUUGGAUGCCUCGAUUCGACAACUGGUUUCUUGGACAGAUUGUGCAAGUUUGGGAGGAUUUCAUGAGACUCUCGUGAAUUUGACCAAAUCAGAUCCGGAGGCUAUAAUGGGUCGAACAUUCCUCGUCAGCCUAGCGGGACUUGGAACCGAAGCAUCUGCUAGAGAUCCAGCAUUUGUGGAAACCAUGAAGAAGCUGGAGUCUGAUGCUGAAAAAUAUGCGAAUCCCCGAGAAAAGCGACAUGUCAAAGCUGCAAUUCUAUGGGGUAGAGGAGAACAUCAUGAAGCCGCUGAUGAAUGGGAUAGUAUUAUCGACGACUAUCCGACUGAUUUAAUUGCUAUCAAGUUCUCACACGAUGCUCACUUUUUCAAUGGAAACUGUAAAGGAAAGAGGGAUGCCAUUGAGAAAAUUAUAAAUAAGUGGAAGCCAGAUUUGCCAAUGUAUAGUUAUCUCCAUGGAAUGUAUGCAUUUGGUCUCGAGGAAUGUGGUUUGUAUGGAGAUGCUGAAACAGAAGCAGAGAAAGCAUUGAGCCUAAAUCGAUUUGAUUGCUGGGCAUCUCAUGCGAAAGCACAUGUCCUCGAAAUGAAUGGAAGACAUAAAGAAGGAAAAGAGUUUAUGUACAGAACAGAAGACGAUUGGAGGAAAGGAUGGAUGAUCGCAACUCACAACUACUGGCACACUGCCUUAUUCCAUAUCGAGUUUGGAGAGUAUGAAGAUGCUCUGUCGAUUUUUGACAGAGAAAUUUCAAAGCGAUUUCUUCGAUCCAAUUCUCUACUAGAUAUGGUAGAUGCGAGUUCAAUUUUGUGGAGAUUAGAGUUGGAAGGAGUCGAUGUUGGAAAGGAUCGAUGGAGGAAGUUGGAACAUCUCGCAAAAUAUAUCGAUAAUCAUUCAAUUGUAUUCAAUGAUGUGCACUUGGGAGUUGCAUUGUAUAGACAGGACGAUCUGGAGACAGAGAAGAAUUUGAGAGAUUCAUUGGAAAAAUACACGAACAUCCUCUCCGAAGACAACGCAAAAAUCAGCAAAGAGAUUGGAAUGCCUUUAUACGACGGAAUGCUAGACUACGCUCGUUGUGACUACGACACAGCAGCUGAAACGAUGUUCCCAAUUCGAGACAAAGUUGUUCAAAUUGGAGGAUCUCAUGCUCAACGCGACGUGUUUGUCCAGACCCUUAUCCAGUCCUGUAUAAUGAGCAAAGAUCCAAAGAAUUGGAGUUUGACUCCUCAACUUUUGAUUGAACGAGAAACGAUGAAACAUGAUUCUCUUCUCGGUCAACGACUUGCGGAGAAGUUCAGGGCCAGACAUCCCUUGUAA